GCGAGGCGGCGGUGCGCCUGCGCGGAGGGGACCCCGGCUGCCAUUUUGCAGCGUCAGUUGGGCAGCGAGGCCUCCCCGGCAGCUGCGCACAGGGGCCGCGCUCGCGCGCAGCGGCCGAGGGUAGCCGGCGGGGCGGGCGGCGCAGGCCAAUGAGUUAGAGAGUCGCCGCCGCUGCCAGGGCAGGAGUCGCGCGUCGCCCCGCGGAGCCCGGUGUCCGCUUCCCGCCCGCCCUGCCCCCGCGCUCUGCCCCCUCCCUCGCCUUGGCGCCCCCCUCCCUCGCCGCCGUUGCCUCCCGCCCGCUGAGACCCUCGAGCCGCCCGCGCCAUGCCGUCCGUGCCGCUGCCGCCAAAGGAGAGUAACCUCUUCAAGCGGAUCCUGAAAUGCUAUGAACAAAAACAAUACAAAAAUGGACUCAAGUUCUGCAAGAUGAUCCUCUCCAACCCGAAGUUUGCUGAACAUGGAGAGACACUGGCUAUGAAAGGAUUGACCUUGAACUGUUUAGGGAAGAAGGAAGACGCAUAUGAAUUUGUUCGUAAAGGACUUCGUAAUGAUGUGAAGAGUCACGUCUGUUGGCAUGUGUAUGGUCUGUUGCAGCGCUCUGAUAAGAAAUACGAUGAAGCUAUCAAAUGCUAUCGGAAUGCGCUCAAACUAGAUAAAGAUAAUCUACAGAUCUUGAGAGAUCUCUCUCUUUUGCAGAUUCAGAUGAGGGAUUUAGAAGGAUAUAGAGAGACAAGAUACCAGCUACUCCAGCUGCGCCCCACGCAACGGGCUUCCUGGAUUGGAUAUGCAAUUGCUUAUCAUUUGUUGAAAGAUUAUGAUAUGGCCUUAAAACUACUUGAAGAGUUUAGAAAAACCCAACAGAUUCCUCCUAAUAAAAUAGAUUAUGAAUAUAGUGAACUGAUUUUAUACCAAAAUCAAGUGAUGAGAGAGGCAGAUCUAUUUCAAGAGUCUUUAGAACAUAUAGAGACAUAUGAAAAGCAAAUAUGUGAUAAGUUAAUAGUAGAAGAAAUCAAAGGAGAAAUGUUACUGAAGUUGGGAAGACUAAAAGAAGCUGGUCAAGUAUACAAGGAGUUAAUCGAGCGCAAUGCAGAAAACUGGUAUUACUAUGAAGGCUUGGAAAAGGCCCUACAACCUAGCACUUUAGAAGAGAGGCUUCAAAUUUAUGAAGAUGUUAGUAAAAGGCAUCCCAGAGCAGUUUCGCCUAGAAGAUUACCUUUAAACUUUGUUUCAGGUGAAAAAUUUAGACAACUAAUGGAUAAGUUCCUGAGGGUUAACUUCAGUAAAGGCUGUCCACCCUUGUUUACCACUUUGAAAUCUUUAUAUUACAAUCCAGAAAAGGUUUCCACAAUCCAAGAACUUCUUACUGGUUAUGAAGCCUCUUUGAAAACUUGUGAUCUUUUUAGUCCAUGUGAAAAUGGAGAAAAAGAGCCCCCAACGACACUACUUUGGGUUCGGUAUUUCCUGGCACAGCACUUUGACAAACUUGGCCAGUGUUCUUUGGCCUUGGAUUACAUUAAUGCUGCAAUUGCAAGCACUCCAACAUUAAUAGAACUGUUCUAUUUAAAAGCAAAAAUUUACAAGCAUGUAGGUAAUCUCAAGGAAGCUGCCAAAUGGAUGGAUGAAGCACAGUCUUUGGAUACUGCAGACAGAUUUAUCAAUUCUAAAUGUGCAAAAUACAUGCUGCGGGCAAAUAUGGUGAAAGAUGCAGAAGAGAUGUGUUCUAAAUUCACUAGGGAAGGGACAUCUGCUAUGGAAAACCUAAAUGAGAUGCAGUGUAUGUGGUUCCAAACUGAAUGUGCUGCAGCUUAUCAAAGGCUAGGGAAGUAUGGUGAUGCCUUGAAAAAAUGUCACGAAGUAGAAAGGCAUUUUUUCGAGAUAACAGAUGAUCAAUUUGACUUCCACACAUACUGUAUGAGAAAGAUGACUCUUCGUGCCUAUGUAGACCUUUUGAGAUUAGAAGAUGUGCUCAGGAAACAUACCUUCUAUUUCAAGGCUGCUCGAUCAGCAAUUGAAAUCUACUUGAAGCUACAUGAUAAUCCUCUUACCAAUGAAAGCAAAGAACAAGAAGUGAAUUCAGAAAAUCUCUCAGCCAAAGAACUGAAGAAAAUGCUUAGCAAGCAAAGAAGAGCACAGAAGAAAGCAAAACUUGAAGAGGAAAGAAAACACGCAGAAAGAGAGCGACAACAAAAGAAUCAAAAGAAAAAGCGAGAUGAAGAGGAGGAGGAAACUAGUGGACCCAGGGAAGAGCUAGUUCCUGAGAAACUGGAAAGGGUAGAAAAUCCAUUAGAGGAAGCAAUUAAGUUCCUUAUACCACUUAAGAAUCUUAUUGGAGAUAACAUAGACACACAUUUAUUAGCAUUUGAAAUAUACUUUAGAAAAGGAAAGUUUCUGUUAAUGUUACAGUCUGUCAAAAGAGCUUUUGCUAUCAACAGUAAUAACCCAUGGCUACAUGAAUGCUUGAUUAAAUUCUCUAAAGCUGUAUCUGAUCAUAGUAACCUCCCUGAAAUUGUGAGCAAGGUCCUAACUCAAGAAAUGCAGAAAAUCUUUGUUAAUAAAAAUUUGGAAAAUUUUAAUGAAGAGUUUCUGAAACACAAUGCUACCUCCAUUCAGCACCAACUGUCAGGUGCAAAGAUGAUGUAUUUCCUGGACAAAUCAAGACAAGAAAAAGCAAUUGCCAUUGCUACAAGAUUGGAUAAAAAUAUGAGAGACAAAAAUGUGAAGACAUUAACAAAGGUUUCUGAGGCACUGCUUGAUGGCAGUUUUGGAAGCUGCCACACUCAAUGUGAAGAAUAUCAAGCAGCAUGUCAUAAACUGUUUCCUUUUACAUCUGCCUUUAUGCCUGCCACAAACGAGGAUGAUAGCAGCAUUGCAUCUGUGAACCACGCAGCCAUUAACCAUGAUGUGCUGUCUAAUGAAAUUUGAAGUAGUGUGUGCAAGCCUCUGUGCGUGUGUCUAUACAUACUCGCACACAUAUAUACAAAACUCUGACUCUCAUCACAUACAGACUGGCUGGGUACAGAUCGGGGUUACUUUUCCAGGUUGUAUUAAAAUAUCUUUAACAGGUAUAAAAUGAAAUAUUUGGAUAGUUAAAUGAAAUGGAGUAUGCUAUUAGUUUGUUUUUUCUUCUCCCAACAAAAACUGCCAAUAUUUAUGUAAACAUUAUCCUUAAUCAGCAUUUUUCAUGUUUAUACUUGUACAGUUUUAAGUCUUUUAAUAUUGCAUCAGCCCUCCACCACAAAAAAGUCUAUGGAUGUUAAAGACUGCUUUCACCUAAGUGUUGCUACAUAUACAUAUAAAUAUGAUCAUAUCUCGUUAAAAUUAUCAUCUGAGCGUUUUUAGCAGAUUAAGACUGAUGAAGUGCUGCUUGAAUUACCCUCUUCAUCUUUUACUGUUCUUUGGGUUUUUUUCUGUUUUUUAUUAUUUUUCUUUGGUCGGUUUGGUUUCUUUUGAAGCACAGUGACAAUGAAAGCAUUGGCAGUUUGCAUGUUUUUGUCAGUUGUGUGUCUUACAUGGAACCAGUGUUGAUGGAUAUGAAGAUUAGGUUUGUGUAUAAACAAAGUUUUUUGAAAACUGUAUUCUCUCUACCUUGUGUUCCAUAGUUAUUGUUUCCUUAAGUUUAAGGGCAGUUUAACUUUUUAAAUUUGAGUAUUCUCAAGCAUUUCCCUGAAAAUACAAUGAAUUUGAUACUGUUGUCUGCCCUUGUUUCAUCUUCUGCUUUGCUCGUCUUCCUUUUGAUUUCUCCCCAUCUGUUCAUGUAGUUUGAAAAAGCUACUCCAGUUUUGGGCAGGUGCAUAAGGUACAGUAAUGGGGAAUAUGGUUCCUCUCUACAUCGUAAAAAUUCACUGGUAAGUUUACUGUAUUACCUCCAUUAAAAGUCUUAGCUGUGGACUUACGGCCAAGAAACUAGUACUUCUCUUGCCUAAAUACUAUUGCUUUAGGUGCUGCAAAGCAAAUAGUAUGCGAGGAGUGUGUUUUAUGUUUAAAAACUAUUUAAGGGAGCACAAAGAGGCUGACCACAAAUCACAAGGAACCUUUUCUUACUCUGUAUUCUGGUGCAUUAACUAUUAAAUGUACAACACAUCAAAAUGGAAGUCUAAAUCUAAUAUAGCUAUUUAAAGCAUAAUAUUGCUGGACAAAAUGGCUACAUAUGACAGCUUUACAUCCUAUAAGAACUGCUAUCAAAACAUAACUAUACUGUGGCUUGUACAGAAAAUCAGUUUUCUGGAAACUGUAAUGGAAUCAUUCGAUCAGUUUGUUUUUAUUUCACUGCAAUGUAAAUAAUUUCAGUAAUAUUAACUAGCCCCUCUAAGGCAAAUAUAAAUUCAUGAAGAGGGGAUUUUAUUAAGACAAAUAAACUGUUCUAGUUAAAAUUGUCUCCUUUGUGUGUCAUCUGUUUAGAUUCAAAAUUGUUGAAUGGAAAACUCACUGUAAAAUAUUGCCAACAUAUGUUAUGCUGUAAUAAAUUAUUUUGUACACA